AUGCAGAGUCAGCAAUGGGAGCAGUCGAAUGUGAAUAGAGGUUUGCUCGAGGAGCAAGAGUUGAUCAAUGAGAGGGCGAAUUUGUUAUUACAGAGGACGAGAGAACGGAGGAAUCUGUUGUUGCAAGGUACGGGAGAGCAUGGGAAUUUACUGUUACAAGGUACAACAGAUUUGUUGCCCCGUUCAGAGGAUAGAAGGCGAUAUGAGCAUGUGGAUAUGGAUAUAAUUGGUGACGAGAAGGGGAUGAACAACAAGGAGAAGAAGAAGAAGAAGAAGAAGAAGAAGAGACAUGAGAAAAAGAUCGAAUCGAAGAUUAGGAAAAUUCAAAAAGAAAGAAGUAAAGAGAAGAAGUAUACCCCAAGUAGUUUGGCAUUGUAUGAAAUUAGAAAGUAUCAGGGAUCGACAGACUUACUAAUAUCAAAGAUACCCUUUGCGAGACUUGUGAAGGAAGUCAGCGAUGAGUUUACGUAUCGAGACGAGAACCUUCACUGGCAAUCUAUGGCGAUCGUAGCAUUACAAGAGGCGAGCGAAGCUUACUUGGUGGGGCUAUUGGAACAUGCAAAUUUACUAGCCCUACAUGCUAAAAGGGUUACACUCAUGAAAAAAGACGUACAACUGGCACGAAGAAUCAGAGGUCAAUUUAUAUAG